AUGUCACUUCUGCUUGCCAGCGGUGCAGAAGUCGACUUGGCAGACGCAGAAGGAUGGACACCUCUAAUGACCGCGUCUGAACAAGCUGAUCCGAACGCGAGGGACCAUAACGAAUUCACGGCAAUUAUGCAGGCUGCGAUUGAUGGACACGCUGAUAUUGUAGCCCGCCUUCUUGAUGCUGGUGCUGAUCCCAAUGCCCAGAACGAAAAGGAGAAUUUAACAGCAAUUAGCUGGGCAGCGCAGCAUGGCAAUGCAGAUGUUAUCAAGCUGCUGCUCGAGCGAGGGGUAGACCCCAACGUGGAUGACAGAACCCUCCUCUCUGCGCUAUACGGAUUUAAAAGCGGCGAUAUCAGUGGCAGCCAUGCAGUUAUGGAAAUGCUUGUCAAGCACGGCGUGGACGUCUUUAUGGAUAGCUGGACGGAUGAGCGACCCCUCGUGGUCGCUGCUGAGCAGCGUCGUUACCUGACUGUCGAACUCUUCCUAGAGGCUAGCUACCCCUCGGCUAGUGUCCGACAAGAGCACAUAUGGGAUGCCAUCACUGUCGCUGCUGAGCAUGGCGAGGAUGCCAUUCCGGCAAGCUUAAUGAGGCAUUAUGAUCCGGAUGAGACGGAGAACAGACGCCAUGGGAGUGGAGUUGAGCCUCCUGGCGUUUACAGGGCGGCUCCUCUCACUGUUUCAAGCUACAGUAUCUCAAGACACUAUGUCCAGCAGAAGCUCCAAAGUUACGAAGAAAUCGAGGGUGAGUCGGACGGCCAUCAGCUGCGAUCGCUGCAAGUCAAGAAAGACAAAGAUGCCGAUGGCCCAUGUGAUUAUUGCCGCAGCAUCGAUGAGGUUUGCUCGGUGGAUAUGGAGAAACGGCGCCAGAAGCCAUUCUACUUCGUUUCCGAAGAGGAAUACCGUCUCUUGCGCGAGCUCUGCCGUAACUGUUUUCCGCAUGAAGAGUUGACGAUACCGAAUCUGCGACGAUUGAUUAACGAGAACAAAAAGCCUGCGUUCAAGACCCAGACAGACAUCGCAACGCCUACAAUGUCUCUGAUUGACGUAUCGGCAGAAGCUCCCAUCAUAGAUUGUGGAGAUGAUCCGAUAGAUCAGGGGGAGAUUCUUUUGCAAGAUGUAGAAGAGAGUCAAGUCGAGGAAGAGGAGAUAUUGCUGCCAGAGAUCGUCAAUCUACACCAUGACCUAGGCUGCCUUUUGGCAGACGCUCACGGGGAGUAUCGUUACAUGGGAGCAGAGUCAGGCGCCAGCUUCAACAGCGCCGUGAGAUCAUGGAUGCUCAGGAUGGGUGCAGGGACGAGAACCAAAGAGAAGGACAAGGAUAAAAUACCCGGAAUGCUCAAAGUCAGCCCACCAUCGGCCAAGUCUCCCUUGACAGACGCUGCCUCAUCGCCUGGCAACCCGUGCCAAUUUCCAUCGCAAGAACUGCUGUCCGCUUGUGCAGCUCGCUUCUUUGAACAGGUCCACUGCCUGUACUGGAUAUACUCGGCAGAAUCAUUCUACACUCGACUCGAGACAACUUACUCUGGAGACUCGGGGCAACUAACUGCCUCGUGGCUCUGUUCACUACACGGGAUAGUAGCUCUAUGUGCUUCAUGCGAGCCAUCGGCUAAUGGUUUGGUCAACGGGCAAAGAGCCCAUGACUCGUUGGAGAUGGCCAAGUCCCUCGUGACAAAGGUAUGCGAUGAAGCAGACCUAGACAGCAUCAGGGCAUUGAUAGUAUUAUCUUUGGCCUUCCACUCCAACGGCUUCACUAACUCAGCAUAUCUUCACAUCGGUCUAGCGGUUCGCAUCGCCUUCUCUCUGGGUCUGCAUCUUGACAAGUACUCGACGAAGAGCGGAGUAGUAAGCCAAGCGCAUGCGCGUCGGCUCUGGUGGACGUUGUAUCUGCUUGAUCAAGAUCUGUCUCUUGCUCUGGGAAAGCCAAGCAUGAAUAGUCCACUGAAUGAAACUUCUUGGAAACCACCUCUACCAUCUGAAUUUGUUGUCAGCCCUGGCUCACAUACGCCAAAUGGAUAUCUGGAACAGUGUAUACGUCUCACUCAGAUAACUCAAAGUAUACGCCAGAAUCUCUACGAUGGACCUGUUCACGGUGGACAAAAGCUAUCGAAUACUCACUUUAAUGACGCCAUGACCGCUCUGCGAAGCUGGCUAGAUCACGUACCGCCACAUCUUCAUCUCUCACCCUCAGUAUCCUUGUCCUACAGAAGGUCCAUAUCGCUUCUACACCUUCGCUACUGGAGUACCACGAUGCUCGUCACCAAACCCUUCCUUCUAUGCAAUUUAUUACAAGGCAUCGAGCACGUUGAGACUGUCAAACAGCCUAUAUUCGCUACACUCGCCAAGACCUGCGUGUCGGCAGCCGAAUCAACAUUUGAGAUCCUGGAAAGCAUGGUCCUCCACAAAGUAGCUUCCAGCCUGGUCAUGGCCGAUUAUCUUUUCGCCUUACAAGCACUUCAGGUUAUUGUUGCUGCUUGUGGAUUAUAUCACAUGGAUGGACACCAAGCUCGUGCCAAGCAGUGUCUGCGAAUCCUGCUGGCGAUUAGUGUAUCUGGUUACCCAAAGCAUCUUAUCCCAGAGACACUAUUCCAGCUACAGCAGUGUGGACUUGCCGAAGGUGUCGAGGAAACAUCAAAUAUCACUUUACAACCCUCCGAAUCUUUAGGAUAUCCCCAGAUGGUGACUGAACCUCUGCAACGGAUUUCGCUUGACCAUAGCACGGAUCAACUAGCGAUGACGUGGUUGAAUGAGCUCGACAUGGCAGAUAUAGUUAUCGACAAUGGAUUCCUGGAUAAUCUGAUGGACAUCUCUUCAAUCUUCCCUUUUGGGCCAUCAUGACUAUGAUCAUGCCUGGCAGUGCCUAUUUCUGCUAUAGACCUUACAAUGGAACUCCC